AUGGCUGAUGAUAUUGAUAUUGAAGCAAUGCUUGAAGCUCCUUACAAGAAGGAUGAGAACAAAUUGAGCAGUGCCAAUGGCCACGAAGAGCGCAGCAAGAAGAGAAAAAAGAGCAAGAGCCGAAGUCGAAGCCAUGACAGGAAGAGGAGCAGGAGUAAGGAACGCAAACGGAGCCGAGAUCGGGAAAGGAAAAAGAGCAGAAGCCGGGAAAGGAAACGGAGCAGAAGCAAAGAACGCAGGCGCAGCCGUUCGAGGAGCAGAGAUCGCAGAUUCAGAGGCCGCUACAGAAGUCCCUAUUCUGGUCCGAAGUUCAACAGUGCCAUCAGAGGAAAGAUUGGUCUGCCUCACAGUAUCAAAUUAAGCAGACGACGCUCCAGAAGCAAAAGUCCCUUCAGAAAAGACAAGAGUCCUGUUAGAGAACCUAUUGAUAAUCUUACCCCUGAAGAGAGAGAUGCUCGAACAGUAUUCUGCAUGCAGCUGGCUGCAAGAAUUCGACCAAGAGACCUGGAAGAAUUUUUCUCUACAGUAGGGAAGGUUCGUGAUGUGCGAAUGAUUUCAGAUAGAAAUUCCAGGCGUUCAAAGGGAAUUGCUUAUGUAGAAUUUGUUGAUGUUAGUUCAGUGCCUCUGGCGAUAGGGCUGACUGGACAGAGAGUCUUGGGUGUACCCAUCAUAGUACAAGCAUCACAGGCAGAGAAAAACAGAGCAGCAGCAAUGGCAAAUAAUCUGCAGAAGGGCAGUGCUGGUCCGAUGAGGCUCUAUGUGGGAUCAUUACACUUCAACAUAACUGAAGAUAUGCUUCGAGGCAUUUUUGAGCCGUUUGGCAGGAUUGAAAGUAUCCAGCUAAUGAUGGAUAGUGAAACUGGACGCUCUAAAGGAUAUGGAUUUAUUACGUUCUCAGACUCAGAGUGUGCUAAAAAGGCCCUGGAACAGCUCAAUGGGUUUGAGCUGGCUGGCAGGCCGAUGAAGGUUGGACAUGUGACUGAGCGCACCGAUGCUUCCAGUGCUAGCUCAUUUUUGGACAGUGAUGAGUUGGAACGGACUGGAAUUGACUUGGGAACAACUGGUCGCCUUCAGUUGAUGGCAAGACUUGCGGAAGGUACUGGAUUGCAGAUUCCCCCGGCUGCACAGCAGGCUCUGCAGAUGAGCGGAUCUUUGGCAUUUGGAGCUGUGGCAGAUUUGCAAACGAGACUGUCUCAGCAGAAUGAAGUUCUGGCUGCAGCUGCUUCUGUACAGCCUCUUGCAACACAGUGCUUCCAGCUUUCCAACAUGUUUAAUCCUCAGACUGAAGAAGAAGCUGGCUGGGAUACAGAAAUUAAAGAUGAUGUGAUCGAGGAAUGUAACAAACAUGGAGGAGUUAUCCACAUCUAUGUAGACAAAAAUUCAGCUCAGGGCAACGUGUACGUCAAAUGUCCCUCGAUCGCCGCCGCCAUCGCAGCGGUCAACGCGUUGCAUGGGAGGUGGUUUGCAGGUAAAAUGAUUACAGCAGCCUAUGUACCUCUUCCAACGUACCAUAGCCUUUUCCCAGAUUCUAUGACUGCAACCCAACUACUGGUUCCUGUUCGACGAUGAAGAUGGAUUUAGUCAGUUUUGUACAUAGUUAUUUUUUGGAGGAAGAUUGAGUUAUCUUUUAUUUAGAUAAAACAAAUGGAUUUAAUGUCAUUUUGUGUACACUUCCUGCUACGUUUAAAAAUAAAAUGAAGUAAGCAGAAAUGCAGUGUGUUCAUUCUCCCUAACUAGCAUUUCCACUGUAUACAAAGCUGUUGACUUCUUGUUCUGCCUUGUAAUUCUUGUACAUUUACUAAGGUGAUCUGUAGGAACUGAGAAGUAGCUCAUAGAAAACAAGUUCUCUGUAAAAGGCAGAUGGGACAUAACGACAUUUUUAAUGUUUCACAAGCCUUUCUUUUAAUGCAGCAAUUACAUUUUACAUUUCACUAAAUGUAGGUGAUCUGCUAAAGGUGAAUAUCAGAGAUAGACUUGAUGAAGGGACAUAUUUAGUGUUUUGUAUAAAUGGAAAACUCCAAAGGCUACUGAAAGCUGACUGUAGACAGCCACUCAGCUUGCUUUGUGCUGAAUAUUUGGUAAGAGUAGAAGGAUCGAAGGGUUUUAUUUCUCGAUGGUAACUUUUGAUUAACGUAUCUGUAAAAGUUUCUUUGUAAAUACUGUGUGAGGUGUGUCUAAGUUUCCAAACAAAACGAUCUCUGCAUUUCCAGAUGAGUUUCUAUGUAUGCAGUGUGGCGCAGUUGAAGGAUUUCAGCCGAGUCUGAAAAUGGGUGGGAAAUACAGAAACAUGUUUUGUUCUGGUUGCAUAUAAUCUUUGCUCUUUUUAAGCUCUGUGAGCUCUGAAAUAUAUUUUUGGGUUACUUCAGUGUGUUUGACAAGACAGCUUGAUAUUUCUAUCAAACAAAGACUUUCAUAUUGCAACAAUCUUUGUAAGAACCACUCAAAUAAAACUCUCUUAAAAAGGCCUUCAUGAA